AUGAAUGAGACUACUACAAAACAGCCGCUAAAGAAAAGGUCCCUGAGCAGCUAUCUUUCAAACGUGAGCACGAGACGGGAGGAGCUGGAAAAGAUUUCUAAACAAGAAACAUCCGAAGAGGAAGAUACUGCCGGCAAGCAUGAACAAAGGGAAACACUGUCGGAAGAAGUAAGUGAUAAGUUUCCAGAAAAUGUUGCAUCGUUUCGCUCACAGACUACAAGCGUUCAUCAAGCCACCCAAAAUAACCUGAAUGCAAAGGAAUCCGAAGACCUGGCCCAUAAGAAUGAUGCGAGUUCACACGAAGGAGAGGUUAAUGGGGACAGCCGUCCGGACGAUGUUCCUGAAACGAAUGAAAAAAUAAGCCAAGCAAUACGAGCGAAAAUUUCGUCAUCAUCAUCAUCACCCAAUGUACGUAAUGUUGAUAUCCAAAACCAUCAACCUUUUUCGAGAGACCAACUUCGAGCGAUGUUGAAAGAACCAAAAAGGAAAACUGUUGAUGAUUUCAUAGAAGAAGAGGGUUUGGGAGCUGUUGAAGAAGAGGAUUUAAGUGAUGAGGUACUUGAAAAAAAUACAACAGAACCAGAAAAUGUGGAAAAAGAUAUAGAGUAUAGCGACUCAGAUAAGGACACAGACGAUGUGGGAAGCGAUGAUCCCACGGCACCCAACUCACCAAUAAAACUUGGUCGUCGCAAACUGGUUAGAGGUGACCAACUUGAUGCAACAACAAGUUCCAUGUUUAAUAACGAAUCAGAUUCUGAAUUAUCAGAUAUCGAUGAUAGCAAGAAUAUUGCUUUAUCCAGUAGCCUAUUUAGAGGCGGUUCUUCACCUGUGAAAGAGACAAACAACAACCUUUCAAAUAUGAAUUCUUCACCAGCACAAAAUCCAAAAAGGGGUUCUGUCUCCAGGAGUAAUGAUAGUAACAAGAGUUCUCAUAUAGCUGUUUCCAAGCGCCCCAAACAGAAGAAGGGCAUAUAUAGGGAUUCUGGUGGUAGAACAAGACUACAGAUUGCCUGUGACAAGGGCAAAUAUGAUGUAGUCAAAAAGAUGAUUGAAGAAGGAGGUUACGAUAUUAAUGACCAAGACAAUGCUGGUAAUACAGCAUUGCAUGAAGCGGCGUUGCAAGGUCAUAUUGAGAUUGUGGAACUGUUGAUAGAAAAUGGUGCAGAUGUAAAUAUCAAGUCUAUUGAAAUGUUCGGCGAUACUCCCUUGAUCGAUGCUUCCGCCAAUGGACACUUGGAUGUUGUCAAGUAUCUUCUUAAAAACGGUGCGGACCCAACUAUACGUAACGCUAAAGGGUUAACUGCGUUUGAAUCUGUCGAUGAUGAAUCUGAAUUUGAUGAUGAAGAAGACCAAAAGAUUUUGCGUGAAAUAAAAAAAAGGUUGAGUAUAGCCGCUAAAAAAUGGACUAACAGAGCAGGAAUUCAUAAUGACAAAUCUAAAAAUGGCAAUAAUGCUCACACAAUAGAUCAGCCACCUUUUGAUAAUACCACAAAAGCCAAAAACGAAAAGGCCGCUGACUCACCUUCAAUGGCUUCCAAUAUUGAUGAGAAAGCUCCGGAAGAGGAAUUCUAUUGGACAGAUGUUACUUCUAGAGCGGGAAAAGAAAAACUGUUUAAAGCUUCGAAGGAGGGACAUUUACCAUACGUUGGUACGUAUGUAGAAAAUGGUGGUAAGAUAGACUUAAGGUCAUUUUUCGAAAGCGUUAAGUGUGGCCAUGAAGAUAUUACAAGUAUCUUUUUGGCAUUCGGAUUUCCCGUAAAUCAAACUUCAAGGGAUAAUAAAACAUCCGCUUUAAUGGUAGCUGUAGGUCGUGGCCAUCUUGGAACUGUUAAACUGCUAUUAGAGGCAGGUGCAGAUCCAACCAAAAGAGAUAAAAAGGGUCGUACCGCUUUGUACUAUGCCAAAAACAGCAUAAUGGGAAUAACAAACAGUGAAGAAAUUCAAUUGAUUGAAAAUGCUAUAAAUAACUAUUUGAAGAAGCACUCUGAAGAUAAUAAUGAUGAUGAUGAUGAUGAUGAUAAUAAUAAUGAAACAUAUAAACAUGAAAAAAAGAGAGAGAAAACGCAAUCACCCAUAUUAGCAAGCCGAAGAAGUGCCACUCCUAGAAUUGAAGACGAAGAGGACGAUACGAGGAUGCUCAAUCUGGCAGACGAUGACUUUAAUAACGAUCGUGAUGUCAAGGAAUCUACAACUUCGGAUUCGCGCAAGAGAUUGGAUGACAAUGAAAAUGUUGGUACUCAAUACUCAUUGGACUGGAAAAAACGUAAAACAAAUGCCUUGCAAGAUGAAGAAAAAUUAAAAAGUAUCUCACCACUCUCUAUGGAACCUCAUUCUCCAAAGAAGGCAAAAUCUGUAGAGAUAAGUAAAAUACAUGAAGAAACGGCUGCUGAAAGAGAAGCAAGACUCAAGGAAGAGGAAGAAUACAGAAAGAAAAGAUUAGAAAAGAAAAGAAAAAAAGAACAGGAACUACUACAAAAGCUGGCCGAAGAUGAGAAAAAAAGGAUCGAAGAACAGGAGAAGCAGAAAGUCUUAGAAAUGGAAAGAUUGGAAAAAGCUACUUUAGAGAAAGCAAGAAAAAUGGAAAGGGAAAAAGAAAUGGAAGAAAUCUCUUAUAGAAGGGCAGUAAGGGACUUAUAUCCGUUAGGACUGAAGAUUAUUAACUUCAACGAUAAACUUGAUUACAAAAGAUUUUUGCCGCUAUAUUAUUUUGUAGACGAAAAAAACGAUAAAUUUGUGCUCGACUUGCAAGUAAUGAUAUUGUUGAAGGAUAUCGACUUGCUCUCAAAGGACAACCAACCAACUUCUGAGAAGAUUCCCGUCGAUCCCUCGCACCUGACUCCAUUGUGGAAUAUGUUGAAAUUCAUUUUCCUGUAUGGAGGUAGUUAUGAUGAUAAAAAGAACAACAUGGAAAAUAAAAGAUAUGUUGUAAACUUUGAUGGGGUUGAUUUGGACACAAAGAUUGGGUAUGAGCUUUUGGAGUACAAAAAAUUUGUUAGUUUGCCCAUGGCGUGGAUUAAAUGGGAUAACGUUGUUAUUGAAAACCACGCAAAAAGAAAAGAAAUUGAAGGAAAUAUGAUUCAAAUAUCAAUAAACGAAUUUGCACGAUGGAGAAACGAUAAGCUGAACAAAGCGCAGCAGCCGACGCGCAAACAGCGUUCUCUAAAAAUACCUCGAGAGUUACCGGUUAAAUUUCAACACCGUAUGAGCAUAUCCUCCGUCCUCCAGCAGACAUCCAAAGAACCAUUUUGGUAA